AACAGUUUCCAAGAAAUCGCAACUUGCAUAUUUUUGCUCAAAUCAUCAGAUUUCUUGCCUUUUGGGAAGUCUCUGAUUCCUUGGAAUUAAUAAAGUGACUACGCCAACAUGAUCUCUACAGAAGACUUCUUCUCUUAGACUGAUUAGGAAGAGAGCACCAUAUGAUGAGUGAGCGACAUGAUGCACAUGACCCAGGUCAAGGGACAAGUUUUAACACCAGAUAUGAAGGAUUGCAGCAAACAGCUAGAAAUACAUUUCAGGACUACUAUUCUAGAUGUCCUGGUUCAAGUGGAUCUGAUCCAGACCAUUCUUCGCCAGGACAAAGUAAUCAUGUGGUAGAGAUGGAAACUGAGCCUUAUCAUGAAGGAGGAAAUGUGGGAACAACGGCUGAUCCAAGUGACAUGAAGGGGUCAUUCUUUGUGUUUCACCUUUAUGUCGCUGACUUUGAGGCUGAAAAAGCUUUUCUACAGUUCGAAAAGCCAAUAGACACAGGUUUAACAUUGACAUUGUCUUGUUGUGAUGGAGGAAAAGUCGGCCACUACUGGCAAUCGCAGGCAGUUUACCUGAAGUCCGCUGAUCUUGAUUCUUUGAGAUACAAAUACUCCGUCAAAGUUCAUCAAGGAAUUGCCGGGAAAGCUCUUAGCCUUCUAAAAAGUAUGGGUACCUCAACAGAAGUUAUAAAGACAGAAAACAAGUACAAGAAAAUAUUUAGCGGUAGACAAAAUCAGUAUGACGUAUUCAAGCAACCCGGAAAUGACCGCUACAUGGACAGUAUUUUUGCUGGCCAAUUUUAUUUCGUCAAAAUGCUGUACGAGAAAAUAGACAGCUAUGGGCACAACUUGAAGGCACUAAUGAUCGAGUGUGACCAUGUGGGGUUUGGUCAUCAGAGCUAUAGAUUACAGGAUCGACACAAAUUUUUCGAAUGGGUGGAAACGUCGAUAAAAAGUGAUCAGUUUUCACCUUACAAAAGUGCAUAUAUUUGCGCUCUUUUAGGACAGUAUUACAGAAGACUCGGAUUCAAUUUAUCUCUUAGUAGAGAUAUUUCCAGUGAUAAGACUAGUGCCGACUUGCUCAAGCAUAAUCUACGUCAGUGUCCCUCCAGUAUUCUAGCCCAAAGUUCACUAAAUGCCAUAAAGGACAUUGACUUUAACCUCCUUGACGCAAGUUCAGCUUAUAAUAGUCUGGAAUACAUCCUGACCUUUGGACAUUUUUUCAAAAGCGAUGUUGUGCUUCGCGCUGCUUAUGAUCUCAGACCGCCCUUCAAUCCAAAGGAAUUCGAAGCCACUGCUACGGAAAUAAUUCUUCGUUCUUUGCCAAAUUUUCCGUACCAAGAGGACAGAACAAGCAUCUCACAGUAUAUUGUAAUGCAUGCCCCAAAUGUGGAUUCUCUAUGGACAAUAUACAGACUAUUAAACGAAAAUCCCCUACAGCAACCACUAAGAGACGAAGUAUUUGUCGAGAAAUUUAAAGGUUUUCUCAACCAGGGAUCGAAGCUUCAUUUACUUUCCGAGCCAGCGAUGUGGAAAACAACGCCGAGUGGGCUGAAAUACAGUUUAGCUGUCCCGUUCUGUGACGCGCUAAUGGACCAAGUCAAGAGCACUAGGACGCUUGAAAUGUCAAAUCUGGCAGAACUAUGUCUCGACAAAACACUUCAAGAAUGGGCUUCGACCGGUAUCAUCAAACUUGUAAAACACCUAGCAAGUUCCAAGGACACUGCAGCGCUCGAUAUUGUUCAUACAGUUUUGGAAUCUCACAACUUUAACAAACUCUGGGAAGCGCAAGAUGAAAAAACAAAACAAGAUAUUGCGCACGACUUCGUCCUUAACAAAGUCCAAUCCAGACAGGAAGCAAUUACUAACAAAGAAAAAGUAGUGAGGGCUUUCAAGAUUUUACAAGAAGCAAUCGAGAUGCGUCUGUUUAAGAAUUCAGGAAGGCUUAUCGAUAUUCUUGGCAAGGCGGUCAUUCUGCAAACCCAGAAGUUGGCAUUAAGAGCCAUCGUAGAUGCCUAUGAAGACAUUCAUAAGUCAUUAUCGAAAACGGUCAAAGAUUGGUACAUGAAAUUAUUGACCUGCGCUGUGCAAACAGAAAGUUCUAAACCUGACGUGAAAACCGACGUGAGAUCAAAAGUGAUUGAAGUCAUAUGUUCCUCAAGUGGCGAGCAUUCAGCCAAUCUCGACCAAGAGAUCCAUAUCGAUGGGGGACGGGAAGAGAUCUUACUCAUCCUUCUUAACCAGACGAAGAUGCCAGCGUUCAAGUCGCAGAUCGAUCAAAGCACAAUUGGUAAAGUAAUAAAACCUGUGUUAGCAGACAAGAAAUUGUGGACGGUUAUUUUCCAGGCAUCAGGAAAAGCAGAUCGGCUUCACGCCCAUCCUCACUUCGUUACUGUUGUACAGGCGAUUGCAUGGUUUAGUGAAUCGAUCAGGACUGGCGAACUUCCAGUGGGAUAUCUGAAGAACCCGAAGGAUCAAAAAGAUGUUGCAGAGUUGCUAGCCUUAGCAAGAUGGUCUACUGGCCCCAGUGACCGUUCAGACGUGUCACAGGUUAGUCUAUGGGAAGAAAAGAUUGCAAUUCUUACCCAGGAGAGGAAAAGGUACGAUGAGAUUUUCAGUUGCCUCAAAGAUGCUAUAGAUCUUACUAAUAGAGUUACAAGAAGCGGAGAUUUAGUGAAUGUCAAAGAUUAUCAGGAUGUUAUCGAGAAAUAUAAUGACUGCCGAAAGAUCUAUCACCAGACACUGUUUGUGGACAUUCGUAAGGAGAAUUUCUGGGGAUGCCUUAAAGGUCUGGUAGAACCCUCCGAGAAACUGCACAAACGCCGUCUUACCUCCUCAAUUCUUUUCGUGAACUUUGCAGAAAAGAUAAUAGAAGAGGGUGCCCUCAAAAAGAAGAACGGAAUCGAAGAAGAAAUGUUGGCCGAGGACGAGUGGUUAGAAGACAGUGAGAAUGUUGACAACCAACCCAUUCCUUCCGUUGUCCCAGAUAAUGGCAUGACUGUCAAAGAGGUUUUGGUGCUACUUGAAAGCGACUGUGUUUAUAAGAUUACUGAUGCUUAUGAUAAAAUCUUGGAAAAGGAAAUAUUGCCUGAAGAACUCGACACCCUUUUGGAGAGUAUCAAGAAAGAAGACAUUGACAAGGAAUUUGAGGUCAUUGGCAAGUUGCUGGAAAAGGGUCGCCUACCGUAUAACAUUUUGCGUAUGCUGCACAAUUACGUGAGGUUUGAAGAUAUAAAAGAACGAAUCCAAACAGCACUGCGAUGUUUGAAAACUCUAGGUUACGAGACAGCAAAUGGCGAUUCGUUUGUUUUCGUUCAAAAUCUUGAGGCGUUCGUGAAAUGCAAAAAAUCAGGAAGUUUGGAAAGCAUUGCAAAACAAGUUGAUAACUUGAGAAUUAUGAAGCUUGACCAUCAAUUAGAAUCAGAUCUAGUCGACAUCCUAAGUGAGUUAUCAGAAGCAACCGAGCUUACGAAUUUCAUAAUCAAAACUGCUAAAGACAAUAUGGUAGAUUUGGUUGAUGCUGUCGAAGAACAUUCAGAUCAGCUCAUCCAAGAGUCAGUGGUGUCUGACCUCAUCGAUGUUCACAGGUUUUUAAGUGAUUUGCUUUCGAGCAAACCAGAUGACCCCGAAAAGUUCCUGGACAAAAUUGCUAAAGCACACGAAAACCUAACUAAGGACCACUCUGGCAUUUUAAGGAAACUCGACAAAAGUGGAACACUGAAGACAAAAAUGGCUGCAAAAAUCAAGGUGUGUAGCUGUAACGUGCACAGCCUUCGAGGUCUCUACAUGACUUUGUCCAACCGAGGUGAAUUGACCAAGGAAAUAAUUAAAAGUGCUGUCAAUGAUGGAUGUUACCAAGUUGGUAUAACAGAUGAUGGAACUUGUGAUGUACGUCUGACUUAUACCCGUAAAGGUCAAACUAAUGCCGAGGCAAAGUACAAUAUGGAUGAACUAAAUGACUUCAGAAGCCGUGCUCUGUUGAUCGUAAAUGCUGACAAACCAAACGUUGAUGAGGUCGAGCGAGAAGCUAGUGUCAUCACGUCCGAUGAACUGAACCAGUUUAUUGAGCAGGUCGAUCUUAUCACCGAGAUUACUCGUAAAUACGAUGCAUUGAGAAGGUCAGGAAUUCCCAAAUAUGGAACGUCGUUUUGGGUCAAGAUGGAAUCGACCGACAAGAUCAAGCGAGAGGAGGAACGGGUAGAAAAAGAACUUACAGAAUGGAACUCCAUGUUGCACGAUGUACGUAAAAAGAACUUCUUCUUCAACUAUUUUCAUGCAACGCAACUGUGGGACCUAAAAUCGUUUUUCCAAAAUUCGCAAUCUGCAAAAAAGAUUUCAGACACAGUACUGGCUUUGUUUCACUGUAUCGAUAGCCAAGUUAGCAAGCAAGACUUGUCAUCCUUCCAGUCUAGGUACAAGCCCCCGCCAAAAAACAGUGAGAUCCAGAUUGAACUUGAAGCUAUUGGAUCUGCAUUAAAUGAGAUAUUCAGGCCCCAACAGAAACCUCUUCCAGUUAUUGCAUCGACUUUGAAAAUUGACGCCAUUGUCGAGCCUGGAAAGCUUUAUGUGAGCGUGCUCGAACCUGGAAGCGCUCAAACUGUUCAUGUCAUCAUAGCACUUUUCCUGAACACUUGUGCAUCUCUACCAAAACCAAGCCAACUCUUGUUUUGCCACUCGCAGACAACAUGGGAAGAAAUAGAACUCUUUCUUUCUAGAACAUUUGAAGCUCAUUCUCAUGGCAUUACCUGUAAGCUUCACUGCCUCGCCAACGUGGAAAGUCUUCCCAACGACAUCCAGUUCCAACUCGUGGACAAAUUAAAGAGACAGACGGACGAGGUUAAAUCACCGUACCUUCUUGCAGUUGUCUGUCGUGGUGGGCCACACCAUCACAUCGCAGAUCAGUUUGGUGAUAAAACACAUUACUUUGGAGGAAUUCCCGAUUCAGAGUUGAGAGAGAAGUUUAAGCAAGAAUUUCCAAAUACCUACUUCGUAACAUCAGCCCUUCCGGGGCUUGGAAAAUCUGAGGAGGUUUUCUCGCGUGCUGCAGAAAGAGGAAUGUCACUCGUUAAUUUCCCGAUAAGUGGUCCAUUUUCACGAAAAUACCUGGUUGAUAGGCUGUUUGAUUUACGAAUCAAGAAGUUCCAGGCACUUCACUUUGACAUAGGAGAGGUGGAUGAUCCAAAUGCUUUAGAUACCUUUUUGUUCGAGUUGAUUGUAACUGGCAUGGUUUCUUCAGAAGCCCGACUUUUCAGCUUACCAUCGAGAUAUAUUUACAUCGAGAUCGCGAACACAUUGCAGCAAAAAAUGCGAGACUCGAUGCCCAUUUGCAAGUGCUUCCAAAAACUGCCGGUGGAUUGGAAAGACUGCAACAAUUUGGUCUGCAGCACAGAGCUGACAAGUCCAGUACAAGUGGUUUGCCAAUACUUAAAGGCAUAUGAUAGUGGAACACUUGAAAGUCAGGAAAUUCUGUUGAGUGGGCCAAACAAGGUUAAACCACUAAGUUCCCCAGCCUGCAAAGCACUUUUGUCAAAGCAUUUCUUUUCUGGCGAAGACCUAUCGUUCAAUAUUAUCGAGAAUUUCAUUUCAGUACUGGCUGAUCAGCUCAUGAAAUUCACCAGAAGUCCCUAUUUCAAACCAAAGCACCUCGUGGAUAUGGUUGGAAAGUCACAUGAUGUACGUGUUCGCCUUUUCAAAGCCCUUCUUGAAGUGGCUACAAGUUUUGCAGCACGAUCAAUUGCCACGUGUAAGGCAACACAGGCGGAAGCUCUGACUGAAGAGCAAGCGAGAGAGGCCUUAAAGAAGAUGCAGUCAGGAGCGGAGGCGACCGCCGCUGAAAUGGUUGACAGAGUAGAGGGAAUGAUUCAGUGGUCUGACAACGAGCAUCUUGUGAUUAUGCUUCAUGGAGCUGGUGCCGUAACAGCAAUUUACCGAGACUUGAACAAGGUGCCACCAGGAGUCAAAGAUCUCUUCCAAAGCCAAUCUAUCAAAGGAAAGGGUAAAGGACUGGAAGAUUACAAGAGCAUGAGCCAAGACGAACUUCAGACUAGAUUAGAGCGAAUCUCUGACGCUCACGAAAAGCCCGAUAAAGCUAAAUUACAGUCUCUAGGCUAUGCUCUCACCCCAGACAACAUCCUGAAGAUGGCCUUGAUCAUACAAAGAAUGCAGGCAAAAAUUCCCGUUAUCAUAAUGGGGGAAACUGGAUGUGGAAAGACCAGCCUAGUUCAGUAUCUUGCCCUAACCUGUAACACCCCUUUCUGUGUGUUCAACUUCCAUGCAGGUGUAACCGAAAAGCAAAUAACUGACUUCAUUUCUUCCAAAGACAAAGAGGCAAGAACAUUCCAGGAACAAAACAAGUCGUUGUGGGUAUUUCUAGAUGAAAUCAAUACCUGUGACUACCUUGGAACGGUCAACGAGAUUGUAUGCCAUCGGUCUCUUUAUGGUAAACCGUUAGCUCCAAACCUCGUCUUUGUUGCUGCAUGCAAUCCAUACCGUCUACGCUCCUCUGGACGAAUAAUGACGGCGGGCUUAGGAGGAAAAACCUCUUUUGACGAGUACUCAAAGUUGGUAUAUCGAGUGCAUCCAUUGCCAGAAACUAUGAUCGAUUAUGUAUGGGAUUAUGGAGCUUUAAGUGAGGAGGACGAGAAGGCAUACAUUGGUCGCAUGGUCGAGGGGCUCUUUGAUGUGAGCUUUAAAAAGCUACUGGUGGAAUUGCUGGCUGCGUCUCAGGAUUUUGUUAGAAAGGCCGAUGAAAGCUCAUUCUGUGUGAGCCUUCGAGAUGUACAUCGUACUACGAUUUUAAUCAAGUGGUUCUACAAGAUCCUCCAAAAACGAUUGCCAGUCUUUAGUUCAAAGCUUUCGUUACGCAUACAGAUGGUCUUCUCGACAGCAUCACAGUAUGAUGAUAAAGAUCGUGCCAUAGUGCUGUCACUUGCACACUGCUAUCUUUCAAGGCUUCCGACGACAGACUUAAGACGGGGAUAUUGUAAAAAGAUGACUAAAAUCUUUGAAAAGAAUGGAAGAUACAGGUUUUCCCACCCCAGUGAUGGGUUUGAACAAAUUAUUCGAGCCGAGCAGGAAGACUGGCUUCUUAGAAUGGAGCUCCCACCGGGAACAGCUAGAAACGCAGCCCUACGCGAGAAUGUUUUUGUCAUUCUUGUGUGCAUCUUGAACAAAAUGCCAGUGUUUGUCGUCGGAAAACCAGGUUGCAGCAAAUCUCUCUCAAUGCAGGUCAUCAGGAGUAACCUGCGGGGAAGAGACUCCAAAGAUGAUUUCUUGAAAACACUGCCACAACUUUUCGUUGUGUCUUUCCAAGGCUCUGAAUCAUCUACAUCAGAAGGCAUCGAAAAAGUCUUCGAAAAGGCCAAAAAGUACAAAGAAAAAGCUGAAAACGUCCUCCCUGUCGUUUUGUUAGAUGAAAUAGGACUGGCAGAGGUUUCCAAGUUCAAUCCUCUAAAAGUGCUUCAUYGUCUUCUGGAACCUGGUAAAGGUCAAUUCCCCGAUGUUGCAGUAGUCGGGAUUUCAAAUUGGGCUCUGGAUGCCGCUAAGAUGAACCGGGCAGUACAUCUCUCACGACCCGAACCAGACGAAGAAGAUCUUUACGAAACUGGACUUUCUAUUCGAGAAGCGCAGAUAAACAAACCUGGAGGUCGUCCAUUCUUGAGGUCAGACGAAACGCGCUGUAAAGAUCAGCUGAGAUGCCUUGCUAAAGCUUACCAUCAGUAUCAGUCAAAACAGAAGCACGACAACUUUCACGGACUCCGGGAUUACUACUCCAUGGUCAAAUGUCUCGAAAUGUCUGCGUCUAAACCUGACAAAAACAAUGAAAGCAUCCAAAGAGCAAUGCAGAGAAAUUUUGGUGGCCUUUCCAGGGAGACAGGCGAAUUCCAAACACUGUUCCUGGAAAAGUUAAAAAAAUACCAAGUCACCGAGGAAGUUCUGGAAUUCCCAGUCCCAGAACUUAUCCGAGAUAAUCUACGUGACAAGUUAGCAAGACAUUUGAUGAUAAUCACAAAUGGGGAUUCAGCAAUCGGCAUCUUGGACCAAACUCUGGCAGAUUUGAAUAAAGAAAAGAUCACAAUUUUUGGCAGUCGAUUUGAAGAAGAUCUUUCUGCUGACUAUAAUCACCGUGUCCUCAGCCGUAUAAUCCUGUGCAUGGAACAGAAUUGUGUGCUCAUCCUACGUGACCUGGAAGGCAUUUAUGGAAGUUUGUAUGAUAUGCUUAACCAGAACUACAUCGUAGUAGGCGGAAAGAAAAACUGCCGAAUUGCCUUAGGAGCUUUCAGCAACCCAAUGUGCCAAGUCGAUGACGGAUUUCGUUGUAUCGUGUUGGUUGACGAAAACAAAGUUGAUUACUCUGACCCUCCUUUCUUAAACCGAUUUGAGAAACAACUUCUUCGAUUCUCAGAUGUUCUCAAUGACCAACAGCAACAAGUAAUCGAAGAAUUACGUGAAUGGGUAAAGAGCAUCUCGACUGUUACAGGAUUCGAGAAAGAGUUCAGUGAGGUGGACAUGUUUGCUGGAUACCAUGAAGACACUCUGCCAUCUUUGGUCCUCUCUCACAGCCAAGAUCAGGAUGUCACUGACAAAGAAGCUGUCAUAGCUCGUUGUAAAGAUGAUUUGAUGUUUGUGGCCACACCAGAUGCUGUGAUUCGAGCUCGUAAGUCUCAACUUAACCAAAGUGAUGACGAAGAGGUGAAUUAUAUUUACCAAGAGUACUUUGAAAAGCCUAUCCAUCAAGGUUUGAAAGUUUUUCUACAACAUUCUUCAGAUUUGGAUUCAAAACGCAUGAUGAAACUACUAGUUAUGACUCAUAGCAGCGUUCACACUGACAUUUCCAAAUGUGUCGAUGAAGACGUUUUUAACGUACAGACCGAGAAGUUGAGUUUCUUCAAAUCUGAGAAGGAAUUGUCGAAGAGAAUACAGUGUUUCUGGACGAAGGAAUCCAAAGCAAACCUCUUAGUAGUACAGUGCAGACCUGAUUCUGAUGCUGCACACAUGCUGUUAGUAAAGUCAACCAUUGAGCAACAGCGAAAAGAAUACUUAGAUUCCCCUGAAGGCUCGGAAUUCCCAAAGCAUGUUUGCAUUAUCAUUCAUCUCCAACGUGAAGUGAAAAACGAAGAAGAUCAACGCAAUUAUCGAUGGCAAUUCAACUUCUUGAGUGGAUGGAAACAGGUCGUAAUUGAUGUUCUCGAAACCCCAGUGAUCCAGAUCAAAGAAAUACUUGAAAGCUCAAUCGAAAAGGUGUUGGACUCGGAAACCAUGUCAUUUGAUAAGUUGGCCGCGGACCAGUUACUAUGGUGCUUCACUCGUAUCAAGUACCCGCCUUCAAAGCAACCUGAACUCAAAGACACCAUUGCCCUAGUUGACUCCAUUACGUCUUCUGCCACAAUGAUGGAAUGCUUCAAGAAAUUGUGUUUUGGGUGGAUAAGAGAAGAGGAAAACGACCCAAGUUCGGGAAAUCGAGACCAAUGGCAAGUGUCUGUAGCCUGUGACCGCAAAACACUGAUUAACUGCUCCACUCUCGUUAAAGCAAUGCAGUAUUUUGUUACACAUCUUGUCCGUCGUCCUUUGGCAAGGAUUGUCUAUUUCAUACAAAAGGAAUCAGCUUGGAAAUCAAUGUUAGAAUGUGGGGACGUGACUGAACAAGAGACCGGGAAGCUAUUAUGUAUGGACAGUGUUUUCAAGAUCCAGGAUGUUCCUGAUCCUCAAGAUGCCGAGUCUCUGGUCGUCAGUGUCAGUCACCUUGAACUUCAAUACCCCUUUUCCUUUUUGUUCUUCAAAAGAGCCGAUGGGCUUCACGAGUUUUUCACUGAAGAAUACAGAAGUAAGUGCCUUGAAGAAGAAGACACUUUAGAUGACAAUGGGGAACUGACAGAAGCCUCCAAAAAGUCAGUAAUCGUGAGAGUGUCAAAAAAGAUGCAGCAGGUUAUCACAGAAAUGCUUGAUUCUGAGUACCUGGUCUCUCACAUACAAGAAUACUUGGAUGAUGCCCUAGACAUCGUAUCUGAAGAGUUUUCUCAGCAAUUGACCAGACACGAAAGAAUAAGAAUUCUGAAAGCCCAUUUCGUGGAUCAUUUGCCAGGUGUAACAUCAGGAGAGACCAAUGAUGUUCCUUUCGUGGUUACACAGCUUCACAGCUUGUUUUGGAUGGAAGCAGACACGAUAGCACCGCUCCUUCACUUUAUACAAGCUUGCAUACCUAAAGUACCAUUGUCUGUUGACAAUCUAAUCAGUAAAUUUGAUGAUGUGAAAAAGGAAGCUAUGAAAGCCGAAGACCUCAAGUAUGAACAGCAGGAAGAACGUCCUGAAGGCAUCGUAGAGAAUAAUCUCGAAAGCUCCAACCAAGGAAACACAGGUGGCCAAGACAGUGAAGGCAAAGAGCUUGAGGACAUCGAGACGGAAGAGCUAGACGAAUUAUCCAAGACAAAGAAACCCGAGGAACAUGACGAACAAAGCCAGGUUUACAGAGAAGAAGAUAACAGCAUCAAGUUGCCAAUAGAAGAAAGCAUAAAGAACGAGGACUCAAGAGAAAAUGAGGAAAGUGACGGGAUAAUGAAACCUAGUUCUAGUAUGGAAGACGUAAAAGAUGACCCUGUUGAACAAAGUCUGCAGGAGUAUGACUCUCAGGCGGUAAACGAGACAAACAACGACAAUGAUAUUCCGGCACCAAACGUGGAUGUUAGUAAAAGCGACAACAGCCUAGAAAUUGUCGAUAUAGAAAGCAAUCCUGAUGAAGAUUAUGCUGAUGAAAGCUUUGGUGAUGAAGAUCAAAAUGAGCAAGAUUUUGAUGAAGUGGGCGAAGCAAAUGGUGAAGAGGCCGAAGAAGAUCAUGAGACAACUUUUGAAGAAUUUGUGGUGCAAGAAAUCUGCUCGUCUUUGUUUCCUAACGAUGUCAUUAUUGAGUCUUCUGGAGGUAUAGAAGCCUGGAGGAGUGUAACAACCUUUGUUUUAUCGACCGCUAUUAAAUUUUGUACUCAAGUUCCAGCCUUUCACUAUCUAAAAGUCUGUUAUGAUUUGUCAAUUUUGGUUCAUUCACGACCGGAAGCAAUGGCAUUUUCUCUAUACGCCCUUGGAGAACUUGCAAGUCUUGUGGAAGAAAAGAACUUUUUGGAUUCUGAGAGAAUCUUUGAGUCAAUUUGUAAUUGUAUCGAAAAUCUUAGAGAGGAUGGUGAAGACGAAGAAAAACUGGACGAGUUUCUUUACCUGUUCUACGCAAGAUGUAUAGAGUCAAACCCAGACACGCCACUUAUGGGUGAAAUCUUAAAACGAAUAUCAUCUACUGACGAUGAGAGGCUUUUACAACUGGCAGUUCCAAUCCUGUUCCGAAUUUUCCGCACAGAAAAAGAAGCCUUUUCUUCUGAUCAUUUUGGAAAAGUACUCGAUUCACCAGAUGCUUUGGAAGAUUUCCCAAACCUGAUCGAGGUAAAUGAGGCUCUAACAGAGCUGCAAGCAAGUGAGAUAAAGGAACUUGAUUGCCAUUUCAACGUCAUCUGUUGUGAUCUGAUCAAUAGAAUGGCCUUUAAAGACCUAAACUUAACAAACGUAUCCAGCUCUGAUGACCCUGUCCUCAAAGUCUUUCACAAAGCCGUAAGAGUGUUGUCGGGGUUCGCUGAAGACGAGGACACCAAUGUCACGUUUGGGAUUAUCUAUGCUGUGUCUUAUCUUCGGGCUUUCAUAUUUGCACUGGCCAGAUUGCUUAUUGAAAAGGGGAGCACGUUGGCGAAUCAUGACCAGCUUUUGAGUGAUAUUUUUAAGGAAUUAAAUGAGGAACUGCCAUCCAUAAAGGGAAGCCUUAAACUUUUACUCGUAAAAGAGCUACGACAAAGAAUGUCCUUGUAUGAAAUCACACAACUCAUUGACAGUUGCGGAAGGCUUAAUCCUUUGAGGAAUUUUGUAAGCUCAGGAACCACUACCCCAAAGAAAGUAGCCUAUGACCCUUUCCAAAGUCACGCUAACAACUCCGAAACAGAAAUUGCUUUGGGCAAGCACGUGACAGGUUCUGAUUCCAAGCCUCUUGAUAGCAUUCUUAGUAGCAUCAUGGUUACCCAUAAAAGAAGAAUGGAAGUAGCAGCUGUUGUUUUCGAACAGUUUUAUCUGGUUCGUUCUAUCCGUAACCUCAAAGAUACAGAAGACGAGGCGGCUCAGUACGUAAUAGGAAAGCUGGCUGAUGUCCCAGAUCCAUACAAGAGAUUUCUACUCAAAAUUGCUAACCAAGAAAGUUUCAAAUGCUUGCAGCUGGAAGUCACUCCAGAAUAUAAAGCCACAGAUGUUGAGGUUGCUGUCCUUGUUCACCAUUUGUCGGCCAUCAUUACAUCAAGAUACAAUGGGAAGAGUAGAAACCCAGUUGUCUGCUGCGUGGUUGACCCUACAGUGAUGAGUAAUUCUUGCAUCUUGGCAGCACCUGCCAAUACCUCUGGAUACGGAUGCUACAAGUACUUUGAGGCGACUUCGCGUCAAAAUAUCUUGUUUUUCUCCUGCAGUAGCUGCGGUACACGGUUCACAACAAAGGAAGAGGAAUCCACCAGGAAAUGUCCCAGCUGUGGAUAUACCUGUGAGAGUGAAGGAAUGAAAGAUAAAGAGUCAGUCCCAACAUCCCAAAAGGGAUAUCUCUAUUGCCAACCCGAAUCAAUGCGUGAUGAGAUGCUCUGUACAAGAAAUCUAUAUCCAGUUGAGUUUCGAGUCCUGCAUCUGAUCAUCCACGCGGCGCUUUUUGCCGGAUACUCCCUUGAGCUCACUACAGACAAGUUGUCUGAAUUCAUGAAAGUUGGCAAUCCAUCUGAGGUAUGCUUCCAAUACAUACAAGAUGAUCUGGAUGUCUUAAGUGCUUUACUUUGCUGUACAAAAGACCGGACCAUUGCGCUCUUGCACCACAUUUUUAAAGAAGCAACGCCAUUGCUAACAGAAGAUUUAGGUAUGCCGUUACCCCAUGACGAGAAGACGAGGUUGUCUUGGGAGUCGUAUUUCUCUCAACGAGUAAAGCCAUUAGUCCAAAGGUUUCGCGAAAACCACUUGAAGCCUAUAAACAAGGGCCUUGAUACUGAGGACGAUGGUGCAAAUGAAGGCGAGGUGGAGGAUCUAGAAUACCAGAUCGACGAAGUUGAAGAAUCCCAGUUCGUAGACAUCGCAGCACGAAGCGCUUAUCUACCACGACUUUUCCGAACAAAGCACCAGAACACUUUUGAAAAACUCAAAGAAUUCUACUUGAACAGCUCAGAGGAAGUGAAAGAAAAUCACCAACUUCUUGGACUGUUCCUUGACUACCACAAGACAUUGAAUCGCAUUGGAAAUCUGGUAGCUCUUAACGCUUGGAGUCGCCGAGUGGAUGUCUUGUUAAGUCGAAGCUUAACUAGAGCGGAUGUGAAGAAAAGCAAGAUUGGCGAUGCUGUCAUCAGAAAAGAGCUGCAAUUGAAGCAAAUAGACGUUGACAACCCAAGUGCGGAAUCCGUGAGAAAAGCAUUUGAUGAGUUCCGCAAGGCAUGGGAAAAUGUUGUCCCCCUCUUUAAUGACGAUAUGGAAGAUGAUUACAAACACAUCAGUGAGUUGUCUCCCGUUGGAUUGUGCUUAGUGGAAAGACAAGAUUUGGGUCAAUAUUUGUGUGCUGCCCUCGUUGGCUUAGCAAAGCUGCAAAACGAGUUUCUGGAUAAGUGCUUGGCCAUAGCUGCCAAUGGAAAAUGUCCUGCUCUUCAGUUCCUUUGGAAAAAUGGUGCCAUCUGCAGCUUGCCAUCGGUGCAUGUUCAGGAUGCCAAAGAAAACGAGAUCAUUCAGUACCAAUGGGCAGACAAAUUGUUGGAACACUCGCGAUAUAACCUCGAGUAUGGACACGGGACUGAAAUUAUCUACGACAUUACCAAGAUAGAGAAGAACAUUGCUGGACUUUUCCUUCUUGGUAAAGCUUAUCUGACGACUAAGAAAGGCCUGCGCGAGUUCGUUUUUUCGAAGCAGCUGUUCCAUGAUUGUGCAAAUAUUCUGAAUGACUUGGAUUUUGCCAUUCCCCAGGAGAAACUACCAAGCAGCGUCGAAACAGAGCUUUCUGGAUCAGUGAGGAAAUCAUUAGAUGAUAAUCAGGUUCUUUUGGAACACAUGGAGAUUGUUUUGUGCUUUCUUAAACGUACCGGAGGCAAGCCCGAAGAAAGCCUUCUCGAUUACGUUGAAACAUGGAUGACCGCUUCAAGACCGUUCCCAAAAGAUCUUCUUCCCAAGUCGCAAAACGCAAUUCAACUCAGACAUGUGUGUGCACUGUAUGAAUUCCUCGAGGACAAACUUGCUGUGAAGGCCAUUGACUGUGUUGGCGAUGAAUAUCGUAAAGGAUUACCAGAUAAUAUCAAUAAGCAAAUGGAUGGUAAUACAUUUUUACAGGAUGAAAGCAAUAAUCAAAGAAUCCUCAGUGCCACAGUUACAGCCAUCAAGAGAUUCAUCUUCAGAUACCUCAACAUGRAGCCAGCAGGAAAUCGUUGCUUGGUAGAGUUCAUGGAAGACCUGUCUCUAUGGCCUAUAAGUAUAAGAGCCGUUAAUGAUGAUUUGAAAAUUAAAGAAGUCAUUCCAACUCUGUUCCCGAAGAUGCUGACAAUUGCACAUGCAUUCGAGGUGCAUAAGUACUAUCAAGAUAGACUUGACAAGCUACGUCCAAAGAAGCAGCUGCCAAAUCCGGCUGCUUUUCGUCGUUCCCUCUCAACGACGCCUCGUCGACAAGUCAAGCGCAAACGCAAUGCAACGGAACAGGGUUAUGAUUAGCGAUUCCACCUAAAUGGAAUUUCACAAUAAUGUACUAUACGUGAAAGAUAGUUUAUCGAAUAUUAGAGCAAAGUCAUUAAAGCCGUGAAAUAGAUAUUCGACGGUGACACAUUAGUAUAUCGUAAUUCCAUUGUUUUCUUUUGUGUCUAUUUGACUAUUACACGUUGACUAGUAUUUUUUAUUUCGCGGGUUAAAUGCCUUAACUCUAAAACUUGAAAUUGUUUACGCUAGAGUAGUUGAACAUACAUUUAAGGAUGUUGAUGUGCCUCCAUAUAGUACAGUUUAGAACUUGUUAUAGUAUUUACGAUGUUAUGCCAUAACUAUUUCUCCCUAAUUUGUACCGCCGCCUUCGCCCCAAUUUCCACCAGAUUGCAGUUUGGACCAGUUCCCUCAAUUUGCACGAGAUUUUCCUUUACUUCCCCCGAUUGUCACUCGCUUUCCCCAUUUGCACCCGCUAACCCUAAUACGCACCAGCUUCUCCCCAAUUUUCCACCAGGUUCUUUCUCAGUUUGUAACAGUUUCUCUCAAUUUUCACCAAUUCGCCCGUUUGUACCUUACACAAGUUUCCUCCAAUUAUCACCAGCGUCCCAAUUGCACCAUUCCCCACUUAUUUACACCAGCUUCUCCCCAAUUUGCACCAGUUUCAACCUUCUUUGUACAAGAUCUCGCCCCAACGACUGGCUGUGAGGAACUGGCCCGGUUGUACGAAGGGUGAAUAGCGCUAUCCAAGGGAUAAAUCCUUAUCCUGUGGAUAAGUCGAAUGCUGUUAUCCAAUAAAUUUAUCCAAUGGAUAAGAUUUAUCCGUCGUAUAGCGCUACCCUUCGUACAACCGGGCCGUGGUGGAUACAAUCAUUGACCUCCUUUACUUUCCUUUAUGUUUUCUCUCUUCAAUCAACUAGGGAAAUAAAUAGUAUUUAGUUAUACAUCUACGUUCAACCAUUUCUGGCAAAUCGAAAAUGUAACAAACAAAAAAAUGAUACUAAUAAACUACAACGCAUCCCCCUCCUCCUCUCUCCAAAAAUAACAACACGGAACCCAAUAAACAUAUCGGUUUUCAUGGGGUGUUAUCUUUGUUGAAUAUAACAGUUAUUUUUUUAAUUCAUGGUGAUCUUAAUUAUAAUAAUAUAGCAUGUUAAUGUUAAUAUACCUUAUUGGUUUGGGUACAGUUUUUCCUAUUUCAGCACGUGUCAUUCCCAUUAACAUUAUACAUAUUAAUGUUUUUCUCGAGCGAUAUUGGUAAACAAUGAAAUGAUGCUCAAGGGAAUGGCGGAUAUGAUCUGAAAUGGGAAGACAAAAAAUUCUUUAGGGUCAUAAUGUACAUCACUAUUUGCACUUUCUUCAUGUAUAUCUAUAGAAAAGCUUAUUAAAAAUCGUCUGAUGUA